AUGUUGGUCCGUUCCAGAGUUUGUUUGCGAACAGUUAUCAGGCAGUUAGCACACUUUCCAGAAGCUAAUGCUAUCAAAAGAAAAUUUCUCUUUAAAAAAGAUACUUCGACCAUCAAACAGUUAAAAGAACUGCCUGAAGGUCAAACAGUAGUGCUCAAUGGAUGGGUAGAGCAGAAGCCAAAAAAAAUUGGAAAAAAUUUAAUCUUUGGACUUUUAAGGGACUGUAACGGUGAUAUUAUCCAAUUGGUCGAUAGCAAAUCAUUAUUGAAAGGUUUUACUUUAGAAGAUGUGAUUCAGGUGAGAGGUGUACUUUCUUUGAAGAGAAAGUUUUCAGACAAGGAAGCAGAUAAGUAUGAAGUGCAAUUGGAGGAUAUUAUUGUGUUGAAUACCUCAAAUAAAAAACCUGCGCAGCUACAGGAUUUCAAAUCAUCGGCUAUGUAUCCACCUGAGUUCCGCUAUUUGCAACUGAGGAAUCCCAAAUAUCAAAAGUUUUUUAAAAAGAGGUCAUUCAUUUCCAAGGAAAUAAGAGAUUUUUUUAAUAAUUUGAACUUUACAGAGGUAGAGACUCCAAUUUUAUUCAAAGCUACCCCAGAAGGCGCUAGAGAAUUUUUAGUACCAACAAGGACAAAAAGGUCUGAUGGUAGACCAUCAUUUUACGCUCUAAACCAGAGUCCUCAACAAUAUAAGCAGCUCUUGAUGGCCAGUGGCAUCAACAGAUAUUAUCAAAUGGCAAGAUGCUUCAGAGAUGAAGAUUUAAGAGCGGAUAGGCAGCCCGAAUUUACUCAAGUUGAUAUUGAAAUGGCCUUUGCUAAUUCUGAAGACGUCAUGAAGGUCAUUGAAAUGACCAUUUCUGAGGUAUGGGGUAAAUUUUCUGAAAAGGGAGGAUUAUUGACCUUAAACAGUCAUGGUACAUUAGUACCAGUUAAAAAAGAAGACGGCACAGUAUCUGUAUUUCGUAUGCCUUACGAGCAAGCAAUGUCUCAAUAUGGCAUUGACAAACCAGACUUGAGGGCACCCGAUCUGAAAAUUAUUAAUUUAGGCGAAUUUAAUGCAUUUAGUCAUUUGAACAAGAAAUUCCCCGUUUUCGAAGUCAUUAUACUGAGAAAUGCUUUUUCAACUAUGGAAGAGUACAGAAAACGAUGGUCGUUUCUGACAAAUAGAAAUAAUUACAACUAUAGAGUUCCAAUUGUACUCCCAGUUGAGAAUGAAGAACAAGCUCAAUCAAAAUGGUUUGAGAAUUUUCACGCUAUUGCUACUUUUGAAAACCCUCAUCUAAUAACCAAAUUUUUAAAACUGAAAAAAGGGGACAUUUUAUGCGGUUGUACAAGAGAGCCAAACCAUGCCAUUUUUGAGAAUCCCACCCCUCUAGGAAGAUUAAGACAGUUGGUUUUGCAAAGUGAAUAUGGGAGGAAUCUCUACCAUAGUGUCAAUAGAGAUGUUGCUUCAUGGAUUGUUGAUUUCCCAUUAUUUUCACCGGUUACAGUGGAAGAAACGCCUGACCAAGAGGGAAAAAUUUCGUAUCCAGAGUACGAAAAGGAUAAGCUAUGCUCUACUCACCAUCCUUUCACUAUGGUGAAGCUUAGUGACUACGAAAAGUUAGAGAAAACACCGGCGAAAUGUUUGGGCCAGCAUUAUGAUUUUGUGGUUAAUGGCGUGGAGUUAGGUGGGGGUUCAACAAGAGUUCAUGAUCCAAAAUUACAAGACUAUAUUUUUGAGAAUAUUCUCAAGAUAGAUAAUGCUUACGCAUUGUUUGGUCAUCUAUUAAACGCCUUCGAUAUGGGUACACCACCACAUGCUGGAUUUGCUAUUGGAUUUGAUCGGAUGUGCGCCAUGAUUUGUGGUACUGAGAGCAUAAGGGAUGUAAUUGCCUUUCCGAAGAGUGUUACUGGAGCAGAUUUGGUUGUCAAAAGUCCAAGUGUGAUAUCUGAGAAUGCUCUGGAAGUCUAUAAUAUCAAAUAUAACUAUUCAAAAAAGUGA